UUUCUCUAAAAUCCCCACCCGGAAAACCGAAGUAAAAGGCCGCGCACCACUGCGCCGCCUCCCUUCGUCAGCAAUGGCUGGUGCGCACUGCGCCGCCUUCUCCGUUCUUACAUCACAUACUAACACCACCCCAAAAUUACUAAAACCACUCCUUUCUUCUUCCAUCUCCAGUCCACGCCCUCCAAAAAAACUCACGAAGCGGAAAAAUCACUUGCGCCCCAAAAUCCUCAAAACCUAACAAAACCAUUCCCAAUAGAGCCCGUAAUCCCUAUCGUAUUGCCGCCUCAAAACGACACCUUUUCCGAGCCUCAACUCGAUGAACUCGUCGGAGUUGUCCCUGCCGUUGAUGAAGUCGAGGAAAUUGAGUUCACGGAGACCGAGGGUGUUGCUGGAGACUACAGUGGCAGUUUAGGUAAAUUGUCUGCAAUGUCUGUUUUGAAAGUUGGCAUGGGUUUAGUUGGGGUUUUGAUGUUACAAACAAUUUUUAGUGUUUGUUUUGGGGGAAAUUCAAAUUCCGACGAGGAAAACAAGAAUUUGGAUGCUUUCGAUAGGGGUAUUAAUAGAAUUAAAAAAGGGAACUUUUUGGUGGAUAAAAACGUGGUUGAUUUGGAUGGAACUGAGUUAGAAUAUAAAAUUAAUGAAAUUAGGGCAAUGGCCAGAGAAGUGCGAAAGAUUGAAGACAAGGCACGGGGAGGUGAUAACGAAAAAGGUGACAUUUUUGAUGAAUUUGUGAAUUCUAACAGUAGAACAGGCAUUGAAAAAGAGAUUGGCACACGAUUGUCUAAGUUGGAGAAGAAGUUGAAUUCUAGAAAAGGGAAGUCACCCGGAUCAUAUAUGAACAUUUUGAACGAGUUUAAGGGUGUUGAAGAAGCAAAAGAGAUGGAUGAGAGUAAUGAGACAUUAAUGUUUAAGAAAAAAAUUAAGUUUAGGAGUCCUACGAGUUUGAGAAGUGAUGCAAAGGGAUUUUCAGGUAUGGAGGAUAGUUCAACGUAUAAGAAAAAGAAGAAGAAGAAGAGUGGUAUAGCAAGUACAAAUCAUGAUUCAGGGGAAAGCAUUUCGGGGACAAUGGAAGGAGAGAAGAAUGGAACUGAAGCAUCAGAUAGAGGGUCAAAAGGCUUGCAAAAUAAAGCGGAAAACCUGGAGAAGAGGCAAAAGGAAAUGGGAGUGGGAACACUGACAAGAGAUACUGACCUGGAGAAGAGUCAAAGAGGGUCUUUGUUUGAAGUUAUGAAGUCUGGAGAAACAAAAGAUAUAGAGGCACUAAAGUUGCAGAACCUCACAAAAGGAAAGCAGGAAACUACCAUGAAAUUUGAUGAAGAUUCUCGGUGGGGUGGAAAUGGUUCAGCAGCGAACAUAGUCAGGGGUGAUCAAUCAGAUAUCAAGUCUGAUUUGUGGUGGCUGAAGCUUCCUUACGUUUUGGCUAUUCUCAUGCGUAGAGGUUUGGACCAUGAAGGUCCAGGAGGCCUUUUUACAUUAAGACUCACGUCUCAGGUGCAACACCAGAGUGAGAUUUCAUAUACGGUUGCUUUUGAGGACCGUGGUGAUGCUAAUAACUUUUGUUGUCUACUCGAAUCAUUUUUUGAGGAUCUAGGCGAUUUUAGUGCUGAUAUUGUACCUCUGUCCGUGAAAGAACUUCAUGAUGAAGUUAAAUCAGGUAUGAAGAACAUUGUUGUUGUGAAGAAGAGGCAGCUUAAGCUUUAUGCCGGACAGCCAUUAGCUGAUGUCGAGAAAGCUUUGUUCUCGCUGAUUGAACAAGGUAGCACAACCAUUUACUGAUUUCUUCUAUGGCUUGUGCCGUGUACACAAGAGAACAUUUAUUUGCUAGCACGUUGUUGUCCUGGCUGAAAUCACAAUUUUGCAGACAAUGUCUAGGUUUAUUUGGGAGAAAUAGCCUAAACUCUCCAGUCUCGCCCACUGUAAUUGACAAUUACAAUUCUUUUAUUGAUGUUGCUGAAAUCAUAAUUGA